GUCAGGCGAACAAUAACCCGCAGUUCGUCCCGCCCGUGCCCCGCGGGGUGUGGGACAGCGCCGCGGCACUGGCGGCGCUCCACGCGUGACGAGUCCGCGGGAGGGGCGGGACCGCCGUGACACCCGGCGGUGACCGCGGCGGGGCUUCCCUCUCGCCUGCUCUCCCCUCCUCUCCCCACAGCGAUUCCUGUCGAAAUGCGGCGCCCCGCGCUGGUAUGAGCCCCCGGGCCGGGAGGAGCGCGCCCCGGGCACCGCCGCUUUCCCUGGCCGGGGCUCGGUGUCGCCAAGGAAGGGCUGUCGCCGGCCGUGGCCGCGGAGCCGCCGCUCGCAGCAGCGCCGGACGCGGGACGGACGCAGGUUUAGCACACUGGAAGCAUGGCUACAAGUGCCGUUCCCAGCGAAAACCUCCCCACGUACAAGCUGGUGGUGGUUGGAGAUGGUGGUGUGGGGAAGAGUGCUCUCACCAUUCAGUUUUUCCAGAAGAUUUUCGUGCCAGACUACGACCCAACUAUUGAAGACUCCUACCUGAAGCACACAGAAAUAGAUGGGCAGUGGGCAAUUCUUGAUGUUCUGGACACUGCGGGCCAGGAGGAGUUCAGUGCAAUGCGGGAGCAGUACAUGAGGACCGGAGAUGGUUUCCUCAUAGUCUACUCGGUGACAGACAAGGCGAGCUUCGAGCACGUGGACCGGUUCCACCAGCUGAUCCUCCGAGUCAAGGACAGAGAGUCCUUUCCAAUGAUUUUGGUGGCAAACAAGGUUGAUCUAAUGCAUUUACGGAAAAUUACAAGAGAACAGGGAAGAGAAAUGGCAACAAAACAUAACAUUCCCUAUAUAGAAACUAGUGCCAAGGACCCACCUCUGAACGUUGACAAGGCCUUCCAUGAUCUCGUGAGAGUAAUAAGGCAACAGAUCCCAGAGAAAAGCCAGAAGAAGAAGAAAAAGACCAAAUGGCGAGGGGACAGAGCCACGGGCUCCCACAAACUCCAGUGUGCGAUUUUGUGAUGGGACACCCUGGGAGUGCCUUGGACACCUCCCUCCUCCCCCCUUGACUCACCGCCAGCCCAGGCGAGGAGCAGCAGUGUGGUGCCAGCGCGGCCCCAUCACCCCCUUGGGGUCCCUGCGGCGGCUCUGACUUGGAGGAGGCGGCUCGAAGGGUCUGGACAUCCCCCCGAGGGGGCUGCGCCUCAGGGCCAGCAUGGGAGCUGCACGAACGGGAGGCGGAAGGGAUCGGCAGGGCCUCGACUCUCAAACAUCCCCAGAGCCUUCCAGGGGCCUCCAUGAUGUUUAUGAAAAAAAAAAAAAAAAAAAAAAAAGGAAGAAGAAAAACAAAAAGGAAAAAGGAAAAAAAAAGUGUUGGUUUUAUCUGCAAAACAUUUCUCCUUGUGACCCAUUUCUGAACAGCCAUGAAUAGCCCCCCUGUUUGGUACAGUCAUCUGUGUAUGUGUGGGGGAAGGGAAAGGGCUUUUCUUUCUCUAAUUUUUUUUGUCCUCUUCUUUCUCGUUUUUUGCUCAGUGAGUGUUGGGUUGCAAAGAAACAAUGGCCAGGGUUAGACUUUUUGCACUGAACUCUCUCUUGGGCGGCAGUGCCAAAACACGACUUCAAUAUGAAAGUGCAUAGAUUUGGAGGAAGAAAAUUAAUUCCAGCUGCUCUGGGUGCUCCAGACAUUGUGUCAGACUCUGGAGGGCUGCCAGCUCACAGACCAUAAACUCCAGCUUAGGAAAGGAGGUUUGGGCUCGGAUUAUAUUUUUUUUUCUUACCCUUUGUCAAGAGGUUUUGUUUCUGUUUUGUAACUUGGGACAUGUCAAACUUAAGGUGUUUUGUUAACCUGGAAGUAUUUAAAUUAAAGUAAUUUACAAAUGGAA